AUGAGUGAUAUCAAGCGUACUCUUGAUGUGGGUGGCAACUGCAUUCUGGAAAUGCCCUCUGGAACAGGAAAAACAGUUUCACUGCUCUCGCUGACAGUGGCUUAUCAGAUGUUCUAUCCUGAACAUAGAAAGAUUGUGUAUUGUUCGCGUACCAUGUCGGAGAUCGAGAAGGCGUUGAUUGAGCUGCAAAAUCUGAUGAAAUACAGGACAAAGGAGCUGGGAUAUGAAGAGGACUUCAGGGGAUUAGGUUUAACCUCCCGUAAGAACCUUUGUCUCCAUCCUGUGGCUUCGAAAGAGCGUAAAGGAGCAGUGGUCGAUGAAAAGUGCAGAAGAAUGACUAAUGGCCAGUUGCGUCAGAAGGUGGAAAGUGGCGAUAUCGAGUCCAGUGCACUGUGCUCGUUUCAUGAAAAACUAUACGAACUUGAUCCUCAUAAUUUGGUUCCUCCAGGUGUAUAUUCUUUCGAGUCCUUGAUGAAGCACUGUAAGAAGGAAGGGACAUGUCCAUAUUUCACCGUGAGAAGAAUGAUGCCUUUCUGCAACAUCAUCAUCUACUCGUACCAUUAUCUUCUGGAUCCCAAGAUUGCCGACAGAGUCUCACGAGAGCUCUCCAAAGACAGCAUUGUGAUUUUCGAUGAGGCUCACAACAUCGAUAACGUGUGUAUCGAAUCGUUAUCAUUGGAUUUGACUGAUGAUGUUCUGAAAAGAGCAACCAAGGGUGCGAAUAGUCUGAGUGCAAGGGUAGAGGAGGUUAAGAGAACUGACAGUGACAAGCUGCAGAAUGAAUAUGAGAAACUGGUAGAGGGUCUACGAGGAAAUGAUGUUGAUGCCAAUCAAGAACUGUUCAUGACAAACCCUGCAUUGCCAAGUGAUCUCCUGAACGAAGCCAUCCCUGGAAAUAUCCGCAGAGCUGAGCAUUUCGUCUCCUUCUUAAAAAGGUUCAUUGAAUACCUGAAGACCAGAAUGAAGGUAUUGCACGUCAUAUCGGAGACACCAACGUCUUUCUUGCAGCAUUUGAAACAACUCACUUUCAUAGAUAGGAAGCCGUUGAGAUUCUGUUCUGAAAGACUGUCCUUACUUGUAAGAACGUUGGAGGUUCAGGAGAUUGAAGAGUUUAUGGCUUUGAAGGAUAUUGCAACAUUCGCUACUUUGGUUUCCACAUAUGAAUCUGGAUUCAUGUUGAUUCUGGAGCCCUACGAAACGGAGAAUGCUACGGUGCCGAACCCAAUAUUGAGGUUCACAUGUCUGGAUGCUUCUAUUGCCAUGAAACCAGUCUUUGAGAGAUUUUCGUCGGUCAUCAUCACCUCGGGUACGAUAUCUCCUUUGGACAUGUAUCCGAGAAUGCUUAAUUUCGAAACGGUGGUUCAAGAGUCUUACACAAUGACUCUGGCUCGUCGUUCAUUCUUGCCGAUGAUAGUCACCAAAGGCUCUGAUCAGGUUGCUAUUUCGUCCAGAUUCGAAAUCAGAAACGAUCCCUCGAUUGUGAGAAAUUACGGAAGUCUGCUGAUUGAAUUCGCCAAGACUACUCCCGACGGAAUGGUUGUGUUCUUCCCCUCUUAUCUAUACAUGGAAAGCAUCAUUUCAAUGUGGCAGAACAUGGGAAUCCUGGACGAAGUGUGGAAGUAUAAGUUAAUUUUGGUGGAGACCCCGGAUGCACAGGAGACUGCGUUGGCUCUGGAAACUUACAGAAAAGCGUGUUGCAAUGGACGAGGAGCUGUCUUACUAUCUGUGGCUCGUGGAAAGGUGUCUGAAGGUAUCGAUUUUGACCACCAUUAUGGAAGAACUGUUCUCAUGAUAGGUAUUCCAUUCCAGUACACGGAAUCACGUAUUCUGAAAGCAAGGCUGGAGUUUCUGAGAGAUCACUACCAGAUCAGAGAGAACGAUUUCCUCUCGUUCGAUGCCAUGAGACAUGCUGCGCAAUGUCUGGGAAGAGUGUUGAGAGGUAAGGACGAUUACGGUAUCAUGGUGCUUGCGGAUCGUAGAUUUGCAAGGAAGAAGGGCCAAUUGCCCAAAUGGAUAUCCCAGGCCCUAUUGGAUGCAGACACUAAUCUGUCCACUGAUAUGGCUAUUGCUAGUGCCAAGAAGUUUCUACGAACACUGGCUCAGCCGGCAGACCCGAAGGACCAGGAAGGUGUUUCUGUUUGGAACUUAGACCAGCUGCAGCAAUUUCAAAAGGCACAGCAGCAGCAGUUCGGUAAUCUGGAGGGUCUGGACGAUAUGGACCUCGAUGAUAUUGACGAAGAUGAUUUGGCAUUGGGAUCUGAGGAUGAAGCUGAGCUGGCCAAAAUAUGA